AUAUUAAUAUUAACAACAAAUAAAUUUUUGAAAGUUUAAUUCAACUCAUUUUUUUCUGACAAUUAUUAUUAUGUCUAUAGAUAUGGAUCUUCAUCCUACACCAUUUCCAGGUAAAUUUCAAUCUGUGAAAUCAAGAUUCAACAAAAACAUCUCAAAAGCACCAAAAAUCCAAUCCAAAGAACCAUCCAUUCCCAGGCAAAACAGAGUUUUUGGCACAGUUCGAAGCACGAAUGUUCCAACAAAAACAGUUUCUGGAAAGCCAUUGGCAAAAUCUUCAUCUGGGGUUCCUCAAAAACCACUCAAAUCACCAAAAAAGACUCAAUCUUUGACUGAUUCUGCAGUAAAUCCAUUAACGGAAAGCGCCAAGAAAGAAGAAAACAGAGCAAAAACAAGAAAGAAAAGUGUCUGUUUUCGCGAAAACAGAGAUGUUGUUGCUGCUGCUGAGCCAAAAACUCCGGUGAAAUCGCCUGUUUUGGCGAAGCCUCGACUCUCUGGAAGCACAACUCCUUUUCACAGUGCUGAGAAAUGCAGCAAAUGCAGAUUUGAUAGAUUGGAAACGUCGAGUUAUUGGCUUUCUCAGAUCAAAUUGGCUGAAAAUGUUGGAAAACACUCGGUUUCUGCUGCUUUUUUUCGACUGGCUUUUGAUACCAAAGCUGAGCCCUUUCGAAACAUUCUGUUGGAAUUGAAAAGGUAUCUACGAAGACACAAGCAUUUAUCCGAGGGCAAAGAAUGGGAAAAAGUUUGUUUUAGCUAUGGUUUAUUGAAGGAUGAGAGCAAUUCUGAGGACAAAAUUGGAAAUAGUAGCAAGAACAAAGAGAUUGAAUUGGAAUGUACCAUUGUUGAAAAAGAAAAAGAAGAAGAAGAAUUGAAGUGGUUGAAUUUGGAAGUUGAUGAAGAAUAUGGUAUUAUUCAAGAAGGAAAUGAACUUCCAUUUUCAUUAUUGUGUUGAAUAUUAUGUACUAAAGUUAUACUAGUAUU